UCUCCUCCCAGCUCUCUGGCCUCCCCAUCAUGAACCGCCAGUUCACCUGCAAGACAGGGGCUGCCACCAAGGGGGGCUUCAGUGGCUGCUCAGCUGUGCUUUCAGGGGGCAGCUCAUCCUCCUUCCGGGCAGGGAGCAAAGGGCUCAGCGGGGGCUUCAGCAGUCGGAGCCUCUACAGCCUGGGGGGCACCCGGACCAUCUCCCUCAACAUGGCUGGUGGCAGCGGGCGGGCAGGAGGCUAUGGGCUUGGCCGGAGCCGGGCCAGUGGUUUUGCUGGCAGCAUGUUUGGCAGCGUGGCCCUGGGGCCCGCGUGUCCCUCUGUGUGCCCUCCCGGGGGCAUCCACCAGGUCACCGUCAACAAGAGCCUCCUGGCGCCCCUCAACGUGGAGCUGGACCCUGAGAUCCAGAAGGUGCGCGCCCAGGAGCGGGAGCAGAUCAAGGCUCUGAACAACAAGUUUGCCUCCUUCAUCGACAAGGUGCGGUUCUUGGAGCAGCAGAACCAGGUGCUGGAGACCAAGUGGAACCUCCUGCAGCAGCUGGAGCUGAACAACUGUAGGAACAGCCUGGAGCCUGUCCUUGACGGCCACAUCGCCAACCUGCAGAAGCAACUAGAGGUGCUGUCCGGGGACAGGGUGAGGCUGGACUCAGAGCUGCGCAACGUGCGGGACGUGGUGGAGGACUACAAGAAGAGGUACGAAGAGGAAAUAAACAAGCGCACGACUGCGGAGAAUGAAUUUGUGAUACUUAAGAAGGACGUGGAUGCAGCUUACAUGAACAAGGUGGAGCUGCAGGCCAAGGUGGAUGCCCUGGAUGGAGAUAUCAAGUUCUUCAAGUGCCUGCACGAGGGGGAGAUUGCUCAGAUGCAGUCCCACAUCAGCGACACAUCCGUCAUCCUGUCCAUGGACAACAACCGGAAUCUGGACCUGGACAGCAUCAUUGCCGAGGUCCGCGCCCAGUACGAGGAGAUCGCCCUGAAGAGCAAGGCCGAGGCCGAGGCCCUGUACCAGACCAAGUACCAGGAACUGCAGCUGGCGGCCGGCCGGCAUGGUGAUGACCUGAAACACACCAAGAGCGAGAUCUCAGACCUGACCCGUCUCAUCCAGAGGCUGCGCUCGGAGAUCGAGAGUGUGAAGAAGCAGUGCUCCAACCUGGAGAUGGCCAUUGCCGACGCCGAGCAGCGGGGGGACUGUGCCCUCAAGGACGCCCGGGCCAAGCUGGACGAGCUGGAGGGCGCCCUGCACCAGGCCAAGGAGGAGCUGGCGCGGAUGCUGCGUGAGUACCAGGAGCUCACGAGCGUCAAGCUGGCCCUGGACAUUGAGAUCGCCACCUACCGCAAGCUGCUGGAGGGCGAGGAAUGCAGGAUGUCUGGAGAAUACACCAACUCCGUGAGCAUUUCGGUCAUCAACAGCUCCACAGCUGGGAUGGCAGGCACAGGGCCUGGUUUUGGGUUCAGCGGUACCAGCACCUACGGCUACUGGCCCAGCUCUGUUGGCGGGGGCUACAGCAUGCUGUCUGGGGGCUGUGUCACCGGCAGCGGGAACUGCAGCCCCCGCGGGGAGGCCAAGACCAGGCUGGGGAGUGCAAGCGAGUUCAAAGACUCCCAGGGAAAGCCCUUGGCUCUGAGCUCACCCGCCAAGAAAACCAUGAGAUAA